AUGGCUUACACCGUUGACGGCGUGGAGGUGGGCCCAAUCGCCCUGGGCAUGGCAGGUAAAAACAGCCUCUUUUCCUUCAUCCCGCCGGGAGCAUCCGUGUCUCGCCUGACCCCUCGCGACGGCAGCCUGUCCACCGACGACGCCAUCGCCGUCCUCAAGGCGGCCCUCGACGCCGGCGUCAACUACUGGGACGGCUCGGACGCGUACGGCUCCGACUCGUACAACUCCCUCGUGCUGCUCAACAGGUACUUCGAGCGGCACCCCGAGGACGCCGGGCGCGCCGUCGUCAACAUCAAGGGCUGCUGCAAGAUCGGCGCCGGCGCCGGCGCCGUCGCGGCGGCCAUCGACUGCAGCCCCGGGGCCGUCCGCGCCUGCGUCGACGAGUGCCUGCGCCAGCUCGGCGGGCGGUGCCGCCUGCACCACUUCGAGGUCGCCCGGAGGGACCCCGGGGUCGCGAUCGAGGACACGGCGGCCGCCAUGGCCGCGCUCGCCGGCGAGGGCAAGAUCGGCGCCCCGGGCCUCAGCGAGGUCGGCGCCGCGACGGUCCGCCGCGCCCUGGCCGCCGGCUGCCGGGUCGAGGUCGUCGAGGUCGAGCUGUCCGUCUUCAGCACCGAGCCGCUGACCAACGGCGUCGCCCGGGUCUGCGCCGAGAACGGCAUCACCCUCCUGGCCUACGCCCCCCUAGGCCACGGCCUCCUGACCACCAAGCGCUUCGAGGACCUGCCCGAGGAGGGCGACUGGCGCCGCAUGCUGCCGCGCUUCCACCCGGACAACCUGCCCGCCAACCGCGCGCUCGCCGAGGCCGUCGAGCGCCUCGCCGCCCGCAAGGGCUGCACGCCCGUCCAGCUGGCCAUCAACUGGCCGCGCGCCCUGUCGCGCCGCCCGGGCAUGCCGCGCAUCAUCCCCGUCGUCGGGACCACGUCGGCCGCGCGCGUCGCCGACAACGCCAGGCUCGUCGACCUGACGGACGAGGACCUCGACGAGAUGGACCGGAUCCUGGCCGCGCACCCGGUCAAGGGCGACCGGUACCAUCCGGGCGGGAUGAAGGUGCUGGACCAACUAACAACUACGAUUCUCGGACUCAAACCUUGCGACGGAGAUGAAGCCAGACAGCGCCGAUACACACGGACUCGGAUCUCUUUGACACCGAGAGACUCCAGUUGCCAAUCGCGCCUAGAGCCCCCACGGCGUGUGCCUCGGGCGUGUUGGUCCAUGGGCGUCCCCGAGCCGGCAACCGCCCCGGCCGCCGAAGAGACCGUCCGGCCGUGGCGUCGCCGGUGCGCGGCAGCUGUCCUCGCCCUGGCCGGUGCCACCGCGAUUCUGGUAAUACUCCUGCUCGUUGGUUUCGUGCGCGGCAGAGGACAAGAACCCUGGCACAUCGAUACCAGCUCGGCUCGAGUAGACCUGGGCUAUGCCACGUACGUCGGCACGCGGCUCUUGGACAGCAAUGUCGACCAGUAUUUGGGCAUCCCCUACGCCGCUCCCCCCGUGGGGAACCUACGGUGGAGGGCACCUGUCGAUCCCGAGGGCAAAGGUGAUGUAGUUGAGGCUCAUGAGGACGAGGACUGUCUGUACGCCAACGUCUGGGCGCCUUCGAAUGCGACUCCCGGGUCGAAGUUGCCGGUCUGGCUGUUCAUCCAAGGCGGCGGCUACACCUCCCUCUCCAACGCCAACUGGAACGGCAGCGAGGUCGUGGCCAGAUCAGGAGGCAACAUCGUCAUGGCCGAGUUCAACUACCGCGUCGGCCUCUGGGGCUUCCUGGCCGGCGACAAGGUCCGCGGCGACGGCGACCUGAACGCAGGCCUGCUGGACCAGCGCAUGAUGCUGGCCUGGGUGCAGAAGCACAUCUCCAAGUUCGGCGGCGACCCAGCCCGUGUAGUCAUCCACGGCGCCUCCGCCGGCGCCGGCUCGGCCGUGAUGCACCUCACCGCCUACGGCGGGCGCGACGACCACCUCUUCGCCGGGGCCAUAGGCGAGUCCGUCUUCUUCCCCGCGCAGCCUUACCUGCCGGAGCUGGAGUGGCAGUUCGACAGGGUCGUCGAGCUCGUCGGGUGCCGCGGCAGGCAGGAUCGAGACGUCAUGAGCUGCCUGCGAGAGACAGACACCGAGACCCUGCAGGCGGCCAACGUAGCGCAGCCGUUCCCGGGCACGGAUGGAGACGUGGUGCCCAAGUUCUACUGGACGCCGUGCAUCGACGGCGACAUGCUCGAGGACCUGCCGUACCGCAUGCUGGAGAAGGGCAGAUUCGUGCAGGUACCCAUCAUCUUUGGCAACGAUCAGGACGAAGGCACCAUCUUCGCCGCCGACGCCUCCGACGAGCAAGCCUUCAGGUCCUUCAUGCAGGGCAACUUCCCCAGCCUGACCGGCGCCGACGCCGACGCGAUCCUCGCCCGGUACCCGCGAGAGGACGCCGUCCCCGGCCACGCGGCGUACUUCCCCUCCCUGGCCCGCGCCUACGGCGAAGCGGCCUUCACCUGCCCGGGCAUCCACGUCCUGGCCUCGUACUACAACCACAGCGGCAGCCUCACCGCCGCCGCCACCACACCCGGCCACUCCAGCAACACCACCACCAGCAACAAAACCUCGGACCACCAGAAGCAGCAGCCGCCGAUAUGGUCCUACCGCUACAACGUCCGCGACUCGGUCUACACCUCCCAGGGCCUGGGCGUAGUGCACCUGUCCGACGCCGCCGCCGUCUUCGGCCCGGACAACGUCCCCAGCCCCGGCGCCGCGCCGCCGGGCUACUACACGUACAACGCGGGCAUCGUGCCCCUCGUGAUGGACUACUACGUCAGCUUCGUGCGCGCGCUGGACCCCAACGCGCACAGGCACGCGGACGCGCCGGAGUGGGAGCGCUGGGGCGGGGACAGGGGCGGCGGCGGCGGCGGCGGGAGGCGGGUCCUGCUCGAGACGAACAGCUCGCGCAUGGAGACCGCGCCGCGCGAGCAGCUGGACAGGAGAGGCCAGGCCAGCCCGGCCCAGCCCCACGAGACAUGA